UGUCCCGGCAGCCCCCGCAAGCCCCGCCGUUCGGCUCAGCCGAGGAUGCCUCGGCCAGUCCCUUCUCCGCUCUGAGCCAGGAGCCUCCAGCGGAGACUGCGGCGAUGUCGUCCUCGAGCUGAGGAGCGAAGAGGAGCCCCGCGCCUGCCGGUCUGUUGGCUGCGCCUGGGCUUCGACCCGGUCUGCCGGGCACCUUCUUGACACCGGCGGGAGGGGAGGCGAGCGAUGAGCCCGCCGGCUUCCCAGCGCCUCCAGCCCCGCCGCUGGGGCGGCCCUCGGCAGCGACUGUCUAGAUGACCGAGAAAACAGGCAUGCCCCCGGUGGCCAAUGCAGCGUGCCGCUGCUGGGGAGUUCGGCUCCUCUGCCUGGCGACUGGGAUCGCGGUCUGGAACGGGCAGCCGCUGUAAGCCCCUUCUUGCAACCGAUCCUUUGGCGGCGAGAAGACCCCGCUGAGCCCCGGGAGCGAGACGGAGGCAGGCUUUGGCCGAGGUGGCUUCUGCUGGGAAGGUUUGCAAACUUCCACUGCGACUGGACGGCGAUUUUCCCUUACGGUGCCGAAGGGAAGCGGGGGCCGCUCUCUCGCCCGGUGUUUUUCCUAUGCAUGUCGGCGCCGUUGUGGGCUCUGCGUGACUGAUGCGCAACCAAAUGGCCAAAGCCCUGGGGACAUGAACGGGGCACAGAUGACAGCAGGGAAAUCCUCACCUCUCGGGCUUCUGUAGCCAAGUGGGGAACGAUUUAAAUGCUGUGAUUCCCAGCCUCUGGAGGAGAGGAAAGCCGGCCAACUGCUCUGCCUGCCUCCAAGGAUUUGGAUUUGGCUGCCCUUUGGAACUUCCUUUGGGCUCAGUCAGGACUGCCUUGGAAAAGUUCUGGCAGUUCUGGCUGCCUCUUCCCUGCAGAGCGUGAGACGUGGCUUGGAUGAUCCGGCUCUUCCGGGCCAUGAAUGAGUGGGAAUUCUUAUGAUUGAUUCUCUCCCUCCCGCUGCUUUUAUAGCUGGUCCCACAGCCCCUCCUCCUGUGCCCCUGCAGGGCAUGUCCCGCUCCAACAGCGUGAGCCCUCCGGGCUUUGGAGCCCUCCCUGCACCCAGAGGUGGAGGUGCAGAGCAGCAUCGAUCUGCAUGGGGGGAAGCUGAAUCCCGAGCCAAUGGCUACUCCUACCCUCUUCCUACCAGGGCCUCCAUCAAGAAGUCUUCCCGUAUGGCAAGCAGGUGGCGAAGUGAGGAGGACUAUGAGCCACCAAGCAGCAGGAACCGUGGGGUAAGUGGCUGCAGGAUGACGAGCUUCAGGUCCAAGUCUGCCUGGCAGGAUCACGGGGGUGACAAGAGCCAUCUCUCCCGCUGUGCAGGAGAUCCUUCGCUUGCCACAAGCCCGAGGCGCUAUGGCGGGGAGCAGGGGGAGGUGCGUCCACGUUCUGUGGAGCUGGGCCUGGAGGAGAAGCGGAUCAAAGCCAAGAUCGAUGAGCUGGAGGAAGAGGAAGGGCAGCUGGAUGACGAUGGGAGUUCUGAGGUGGGCUUCUCUAUGGGCAGCUGCUGUGGCAGCCUGCUGCAGAUCUUCAGGUCCAAGAAGUUCCAGUCGGAGAAACUAGAGCACCUCUACCAGCGGUAUUUUUUCCGGCUUAACCAAAGCAGCCUGACCAUGCUGAUGGCUGUGUUGGUCUUAGUGUGUCUGGUCAUGCUCCUCUUCCACACUGUUCAUGGCCACUACCAGGUACCCUACGUUGUGGUGCUGUCCCUGGCCAUCCUGCUGAUGGUGGCCCUGGGCGCCAUUUGCAACCGUAACGAUUUCCACCAGGACCACAUGUGGCUCAUGUGCUACUCUGUCAUUUUGGUCGUGUUGGCUGUGCAAGUGGUGGGCUGCUUGUUGAUGCAGCCCAGGAGUGCCUCGGAGGGCAUCUGGUGGACCAUCUUUUUCAUCUACAGUAUCUACACCUUGCUGCCAGUCAGGAUGAGGGCCGCAGUCAUCAGUGGGGUGGUGUUGUCCGCCAUCCACUUGGCCAUUUCUCUUAAGGUUAAUGCAGAGGACAAGUUCUUAUUGAAACAGGUGGUAUCCAACAUUCUCCUCUUCAUCUGCACAAACAUUGUAGGAGUCUGCACACACUAUCCAGCUGAAGUGUCCCAGAGGCAGGCAUUUCAGGAGACCAGGGAGUGCAUCCAAGCUCGGCUACAUUCUCAAAGAGAAAACCAGCAGCAGGAGCGCCUCCUGCUUUCUGUACUUCCUCGUCAUGUUGCCAUGGAGAUGAAAGCCGACAUUAAUGCCAAAAAAGAAGAUAUGAUGUUCCAUAAAAUUUACAUCCAGAAGCAUGACAAUGUCAGCAUUCUCUUUGCUGACAUUGAAGGUUUUACCAGCCUGGCCUCCCAGUGUACGGCUCAGGAGUUGGUGAUGACGCUGAAUGAGCUCUUUGCCAGAUUUGAUAAACUCGCAGCUGAGAAUCACUGUUUACGUAUAAAAAUCCUAGGUGAUUGCUAUUACUGUGUGUCCGGGUUACCUGAGGCAAGAGCAGACCAUGCACACUGCUGUGUUGAAAUGGGAAUGGAUAUGAUAGAGGCCAUCUCAUUAGUGCGGGAGGUGACGGGCGUCAAUGUGAAUAUGCGCGUCGGGAUCCACAGCGGAAGAGUUCACUGUGGAGUCUUGGGCCUCAGGAAGUGGCAGUUUGAUGUAUGGUCAAAUGAUGUUACGUUAGCCAAUCAGAUGGAAGCAGGAGGCAAAGCAGGGCGGAUCCACAUAACAAAAGCUACAUUGAACUAUCUGAAUGGUGACUAUGAAGUGGAGCUGGGUUUUGGAGGGGAACGCAAUGCUUAUCUCAAGGAGCAUAGCAUAGAGACCUUCCUCAUUGUACGAUGUAGCCAAAAGAGGAAAGAUGAAAAAGCUACGAUAGCGAAGAUGAACCGUCAGCGCACUAAUUCCAUUGGCCACAAUCCUCCGCACUGGGGAGUGGAUCGCUCCUUUUAUAACCAUCUUGGUAGUAACCAAGUCUCCAAGGAGAUGAAAAGAAUGGGUUUUGAAGAUCCAAAAGACAAGAAUAUCCAGGAAAGCAUGAAUCCAGAAGAUGAGGUGGAUGAGUUUUUGGGUCGUGCUAUUGAUGCCAGAAGUAUAGACCGGUUACGUUCUGAACAUGUUCGCAAAUUCCUCUUAACAUUCAGGGAGCUUGACUUGGAGAAGAAGUACUCCAAACAGGUGGAUGAUCGAUUUGGUGCAUAUGUGGCUUGUGCCUCCCUAGUCUUCCUCUUCAUCUGCUUUGUUCAAAUCACAAUUGUACCACACUCCAUGUUCAUGCUGGGGUUUUACGUGACCAGUUGCGUGAUCCUGACCACAAUUGUGUUUGUUUCUGUCAUUUACUCCUGCGUAAAGCUUUUCCCAGCUCCACUCCAGACUCUUUCAAAGAAGAUUGUUCAGUACAGGACCAAUAAUACCAUAGUCGGAGUCAUCACCAUUAUACUGGUUUUCCUGUCAGCCUUUGUCAACAUGUUCACAUGCAGCACUGUGGACCUCCUCAAUUGUGUGGCUGCAGAAUACAACAUUACCCCUCAUGAGGUGAACAUGUGCCAUAUCAGCUACUCUGCCUCCAAUUAUAGCCUAGGAACAGUGCAAGGGUUCUGUGACAGCUCCCAGCCAAGCUGCAACUUUCCAGAGUAUUUUACCUACAGUGUCUUACUGAGCCUCCUGGCCUGCUCUGUGUUCCUUCAGAUCAGCUGCAUUGGGAAACUCAUUUUGAUGUUGAUCAUCGAAUUUAUCUAUGUUCUCAUCGUAGAAGUGCCAGGGGUUACCCUCUUUGAUAAUGCAGAUCUCCUGGUUACAGCCAAUACCAUAAUAUUUACAGCUGGUGUGCUUUUUCUGUUCCCAUGUAGUCCUGCAAGUGUGUCCAGGGUGGCCCUGAAAAUUGUGACUCCUGUAGUUAUCACAGUGUUUGUCCUGGCGGUCUAUCUUCAUGCUCAGCAAGUGGAAUCCACAGCAAGACUAGAUUUCCUUUGGAAACUUCAGGCUACUGAGGAAAAGGAAGAGAUGGAGGAAUUGCAGGCCUAUAACCGACGCCUUCUCCAUAACAUCUUGCCAAAGGAUGUAGCGGCCCACUUUCUUGCACAGGAGCGACGCAAUGAUGAGCUCUAUUACCAGUCAUGCGAGUGUGUGGCUGUCAUGUUUGCCUCUAUCAGCAACUUCUCAGAAUUCUACGUAGAGCUCGAGGCUAACAAUGAAGGGGUGGAAUGCCUGAGGCUCCUCAAUGAAAUCAUUGCAGACUUUGAUGAGAUAAUAAGUGAAGACCAAUUUAGGCAGCUGGAAAAGAUUAAGACUAUUGGCAGCACAUACAUGGCUGCUUCAGGCCUUAAUGAUUCCACCUAUGACAAAGUGGGUAAAACACACAUCAAGGCAUUGGCUGACUUCGCAAUGAGGUUAAUGGACCAAAUGAAAUACAUCAAUGAACAUUCAUUCAACAACUUCCAGAUGAAGAUAGGGCUUAAUAUUGGCCCAGUGGUAGCUGGGGUCAUAGGAGCACGCAAACCCCAGUAUGAUAUUUGGGGGAACACUGUGAAUGUAGCCAGUCGAAUGGACAGCACAGGAGUACCUGAUAGGAUUCAGGUGACCACAGACAUGUAUCAAGUUUUAGCAGUCAACAACUACCAGCUAGAAUGCCGAGGAGUUGUUAAAGUUAAAGGUAAAGGAGAAAUGACUACCUACUUCCUAAACGAAGGUCCUUUAGCAAGUUAGCAGCAAUGGACUGGAUUGACUCAAGGAUGGCUCAAUUGAUUCACAAAAGAGUAAAUCGCUGAAAAAAAUCCGCUGUUUAGCGGUGACCCUAGAAGCAAGGCACAGUUGAGUAUUUCAUGUGAUGCCUUUCUAGCAGGAUUGUGUGCAAGAAGAAAACCAACACCACAGUUUGGGCUAUCUAUCACACAAUUCAAAAGUUACCUAGCACUGCUGCGGAUUCUUCCUCGACUGAGUGCAAAUGAACUGACCAAAGAUUUAUCCUUACGGAAUUUAGAGAUGAAGACAAAGGAUUUGAGAUCUUCGAUGACGCUGCUACGCAGGACAUAAGAUAUUUAAGUAUUUAUUUAAAGUAACACAAUAUUUUUACUUGGUUGAAGGAAAGUAUGAUUCAUUGUAAUGAAAGGAAAAAAUGAACAGCAUUACUUUGGCAAGGAUGUGCACUCCCAUAUUAUUUCUGGUUUGUGCUGUCAGCUCCCUGAAAUGUGCCACUGUUCUUAUUAGCUAUUUUUAGUGGGCUUUUAAAAUCAAAAAGUACUACCCACUAUUGCCCUGUACAGGGGGCCUUUUUAAAUGACAUCAUCCAUAAUGUUUUUAAAUGGAAAAGAUGCCUUCUCAUGUACUCUUGCCAUCCUUACACACUUGGGAGAUUUAUUUUUUUAAAAAAUCAGGAAUGGCAGAAGCGGGAAAAUGCUUAAAACAAGGAAAGCAUGACUCUUCAAACAUAUUUAUUAAAUAAAAAGGUCAUCUUGCCCAUUUGACAUAUAUCAGUUUACAUGAGAAAGACUUUCUGCAUGAAACACUUGGACAGAGAUCCCUCUGAAGUUGGUGUGUGGACUUUUUUAUAUUUUGUAAUCUAGAAAGCUCUGAGAUCUAACAGAUACACCAAAAUUCUAUAUUUUGAAAGUCAUAUAUAUUAAACAGUUGUCUGUAUGAGGAUCUAAUGUAGUGCUGAGGGCAGGGCUCACAUCCAGCAACUUACCCAAGCACCUGGCACAGUUUCUAUCACUGUUAGGCAGAGCAGGAACAGGGACACAGUCUUGCAGCCUCUCCUAUGGAUCAAUGUCCAACAUGUAGGAUCUUCUUUCUGCUGAUGUUAGGAAGAAAUGAAAGGGGCCCUCAAGAUGAACCCAAGUACUCUCCACCCUUUCUUUUCCCUGAGCUGAUCAGGGCUGUAAGACUGCUUCUGCUAAUCAGCUCUAGUGGUUUCAUAAGUCCAGCAGUGGCCUUCUGCUGUACUCACAGUCCUUUAGAUUGGGGCAGGAGGCUGUGCACACAGGGGCAUUUUGGGAGGUGUACAUAAGCUAUACAAUGGUGUGAUACUCUUUUCAUUAUUCUCUGAAUGACAGACUUGGCAGUUUUCAGAAGAACUA